UACUCCAUCCUCCUCCCGCAGCAGCUCCAUUCAUUGGCCCCGCUGCAUGGAGCCUGCCCGGCCUUGCUUCCGCAGCUCCACUACCACCGCGUGGGCAGGCAGGCAUCCCAGGGGCUUUGUCUAGCCCUUAGCCCGGCUGGGCUGAGGGCAGUAUGAGGGCUCCGGCGGUGCUGCUGGGAAUACUGAGCUUCCUCGGGGUGGCUCCGGGGGGCUGCCCGGCUCUCCGCUGGGACAGCACCUCCUGCCACUUGGCGGGGCUCGUCCCUGGCAGCCCCUUGAGCUCUCUGAGCUUCCUGGGCAAAGAUGCCCAGGGCUUGGCGCUGUUCCAAGCCCGCUGGGACGCGCGCAGGAGACUGCAGGUGUGCAGCCGGCAGGAUGAGCCGGAGCUCACCGCAGCCUACCGCACCCUCUGUACUCAUGAGGCCACGCGGGACUCCUUCAUCCACAUCCCAGGACCCGAGCUGCAGAGAGCGCUGGCCACGCUUCAACAGGAGGCUUGUCCAGGACCGGAGGACACGUCCCUGGCUAAAGCCAGGGAGAGGCGAGCGAUCCUGCAGGCUGGGGCUCAGGCCAGCAGGUACCCGCGAGUGAAAAGGGGCUGGACCGUGCCCGGCACGCUGUGGUGUGGGGUCGGGGACUCCGCCGGCAACUCUUCGAAGCUGGGCAUCUUCCAGGGCCCCGAUCUCUGCUGUCAGGAACACGACCGCUGCCCACUGAACAUCACUCCUCUGCAGUACCAGUAUGGCAUCCGCAACUUUCGGUUCCACACCAUCUCCCACUGCGACUGUGACACCAGGUUCCAGCAAUGCCUGAGGAACCAGGGUGACUCCAUCUCCGACCUUGUGGGUGUUGCCUUCUUCAACGUGCUGGAGAUCCCCUGCUUCGUGCUGGAGGAGCGGGAGGCGUGUGUGGAGUGGUACUGGUGGGGCGGGUGUAGGACGUAUGGCCUGGUGCCCCACGCCCGUCUCCAGCCCAGAACCCACUACAAUGCCUCCUGGAGCUCCACAGCCACCUCCCUGCCUCCCUAUCCCCAGAGCCCAGCCCCCACCAAACCCGCCCUCAAGCAGCAGCGCCUUCGGAAGUGGUGGUGGCGGCACAAAGCAUCCAGGCGGCUGAGCACAGCCAAUGUCACGGCCCUCCAGACAUCCAUGGCCUCCCCCGUACCAGGGCUGGACCCCACAGCAGCCCAGUCUGGGAUGCCUCCUCAACCAGGCCUCCAGAGCUCACGGGGUGAACUCAAACGUCAGGGUGCCCACCAGGCCUGCCGCGGCUUCCGCCACUUGGACCAGUGUGAGUUCCAGAUUGGGUCACAAGAGACCAAGUUCCGGCUGCUCAACACUGCCCGUAGGCCCCUCUUCCACUGUGACUGCACACGUCGUCUAGCACGCUUUCUGAGGCUCCACGGCCCCCCUGCGGGCACUGACAUGCUGUGGGAACAGCUGGGCACCACCUGCUUCAAGCUGGCACUUCCUCUGGACUGUACUGUGAGUGAAGGCUGUUCUAAGGACCCCAGGGCCAUUGAGGUGUCAGCUCGGCAUCUGUGGCGACUUUUUCGGCAGAGGCGACGGGAGCUCCAGGAUCAGGACACGGAUGAGGGGCAGCACCCAGGGCCUUCCAUGCCCUUCUAUGACCAGUGCCUCCGGCUAAGCCAGGCAGCCUAACAGCCCCAACAGGCAGAACACGUUCCAAGCCAGGAUCACCUUGACCUCAGCUCUCCUGGGCAUUGAAGUGGAUGUUGCCCUUGGCUUUGAUGGACCUUGGCAGUCCUGGCCUCCUCUGUAUGAAUUAGACCAAAGCACAACUGAGGGACAAGUGGAUGGCCAGAUAUGGUGGAUGCUGGGGACCAAAUGCUGACUCCUCUGAGUGACAUUGAGUUGGUCACACAACCCCUCUUUUGCCUGCAGGGCACGAUGCCCUAGGCUUAGAUCUGGCCCAGGAAUUUCACAUACAGUGGGAGAGGGGAUAACUUACAGCAAUCACCCCAUGAAGUACCAGGGGUCCAUGCAUACUCAUGGAGCAAGGAGCUGCCUGAGGGGGUCCCAGCAUGUGACUGCUGAGGUCUGGAGCCACAUGUGAGGAAUUAGGGGUGUCCCAGAACACAUCUGAAAUCCAAGAAUGAAGCCCCAGCUCUAGGAGGGACCCAAUCCUGCCCUAUUCUCUUUGCUUUAAACCUAAAUUCAAAAUCUCACCCCCUUCUUCACUGCUCCCUGCCAUGCCUUUGGGCACGGGUCCUCUACCAUUUGUCUGAAAAGGAUGUGGCACAAAACAGGAGCUACCUCAGAGUUGUUGAGCAACACACAAGCAAUGUUGAGCACCAAGUAAAUAUUUCUCCUCUUCAACACGGAGUCAGUCUGUGCUUUUGCUGUCUGAUCUGGAGAAUUUUUUUGGAGGCCUCAGUUUGCUCACCUGUGAAAUGGGUCUGAGAAGGGCACCAAACCCACAAGGCCAUGGCACAGAUGAAAGGGUAUGAAUAGCCUAGACAGCCAUUCCUUUUUUGUCAUUCCCUUGCCUCUGCCUGACCCCCUUGCCUGGACUUGUAACAAGUUAGGCAGGAGACAGGAGUGAAUGGAAGAAUUUAAUUCCUAAAUGAGUUGACCUCCGAGGGUGGGGGACAUCUGCCAGAAAUGUCCUAUCACCCCAGACGGGGGCCCAGGCGAGGCUCUUCUGACUGUCACAGUUGAGAGGGCCAGCACUGAGUUUUUAGGGGACCCCGGUGAGGGCUAGUACCCCUGACCAGGACUGACAAACAACUGCA